UUGCUUCCAUCAUGGCUUCUUCUUCAUCCUCUUCUUCUACUUCUUCUCCUCCUCCCUUACCUAUUUUCAAUGUUUCCCAAGAGGAUUUCCUUGUGUUCCACAAAAUGGACAGAGACCUCUACACCAUCCUUGUCACCAACCUCUCUCGUGACCCUUCUGAGUCCAUGCAUUUGCUUGCUAUGUGGCUUUGGUUGGAGAAAGUUGGUUUUCAUAAAGUUGUAAAGAAGAUUAUGUCUUUGCCUGUCAUUUUGAUCAAUGAAGUUGCUGAUGAAUCACUCAUAUGUUUCACUUGUCUUAACACCAAUGCAAACAGCAACCCUUACCUAGUUGCACUUGCAUCGUCGUCUUCGUCUUCGUCGUCUGGUGAAUCCAAUGAUAUCCCGCUUCUUCAAAGCCUGCUUGAAGAAGAAAUCUCUCUGAAAUUCUUCUACGAGUUUCGCCUCGAAGCCGCUCGAGGAAUAGAGAGAACAAGACAAGAGGUUUGCUCGAGGGCAUUGAGUGACAUCAUGCAACAAGCCAUGAUGAGGAACUCGGCGGAGAGAAUGGUGGAGAAUAGUGUCUGGUUUGGAUCGAUCGGACCCUCGAAUCUGCAGUUUGGUCCCGUUGGGAUUGCUAGUGCAAUGGCGCAAGUGCAGCAACCGGCCAACAAUGCUGCCACCGUCGGAGGAGAAGGCGGAGGGGUUGUUCCAGCGGAUGCUAGGACAUUAUUUGUGACAUUUUCGAAAGGAUACCGCGUGGAGGAAUGGGAAGUUAAGGAGUUUUUUACUAUGGCUUAUGGAGAUUGUGUUGAGGCUUUGUUUAUGCAGGAAACUGCACCAAAUGAACAAGCACUUUUUGCUAGAAUUGUGUUUCGUAAUGCGAAUACUAUUGAUAUGAUUCUGAGAGGGGCUACAAAAGUCAAGUUUUCCAUCAAUGGAAAACAUGUUUGGGCAAGAAAGUUUGUCCCUAAGAGAGGAAGUAGUGGUGGUAGGGUUAUGGUUUCUGGAGAGACUUCUGGUUUCGGUAAUUCUGGAUUUGGGAUGUAAAACCACGUGGUUUGAGAAAAGUUGAUGAUGUUGUUAUGUACUGGAUGUUCAUUUGCAUAAAUAAAAUCGUCUGGUUUUUUAUGAAAUCAAAUCUAUAAAAGUGCUUUUUGUUAAUUGUUGUGCAAGUUAAUUAAUUAUGGGUUGUUGUAUGAAGAUUUUCGA